AUGCCGCUCACGAGCCAACCUGGUGCAUCCUAUCUAGAGAUACUCAAUGAGCCGGACUGGACGCGGACGCAUAGUCAUCGCGUCGGAACCCGAGAUCGCGAUGCGCGGUAUAUAGGGCUCACUCAUGGUGGAGACGAGAUACCGUAUGAUCUCGAGGAGGUUGCUGAGGAGAAGCUUAAUGAGCUUCGGCAGAAGGUGGAAAGGGGAGAAUUGGUUACCGUUCGAGACAUCAUGACCAAGCAGAUCGACUUUCAUUUGCGGAGACCAGACGUGCAUCCGAAGUUUUGGAGAUAUGUACUGCAUACUACUGAGAGUUUUAUAAAGCAGGAGCAACCGUGGCCUGUGAAUGUGGCAAAGAGAGGGGGGGAAGAGAAGAGGAGGGCGAAGGAAGAAAUAGAAGACCCAGGUCGAGGGAAGAAAGGUGAUUCUGAAGAACAGUCGAAGGGCCAGGAAGAGGACGCACAAAAGGACGUUAAGCCUAAGAUGUCAUUUGAGGAAGCGGCACUGUUGAAAUACCUGCAGCAUGAACAGAAAUAUCGAUCAUCCAUGAGGCAGAAUGAUGGGCGAGGUCGCUCCCCUUUUCACGACGAGGUACUUCCGGAGCAGAUCGACGAGGCAGACCAGUUCUCUCCUGACAGUUGGGUCCCUCGAAGCAAGAGCUUGAAGCGUCUCACAGGGAAGCAUCCUAUGAAUGCUGAAGCAGAUCUAACAACUUUGUUCGACGCCGGCCUUAUCACACCAUCUCCGAUCCACUAUGUCCGUAAUCACGGAGCCGUACCACAUCUACUCUGGGAAAACCACAAGCUCGAUGUGGUAGUCGACCGACCAUUAACUUUUGGCAUGGAUGAGCUUAUAAGUCGGUUCAACAGCAUCAACAUACCUAUUUUCCUUGCCUGUGAUGGUAGUCGUCGGAAAGAACUCAACAUGAUCAAACGGACACGCGGGUUCAACUUUACCACUGCCGCUGUGCCUCCUUCGCGAUGUGCUUCUCGAAGCGGGUGCUGCAGAGCUCAUGGAGAGAGAAUCCGAGAAGUGCUUCUGGGUCCACUAUAA